UUCAGGCAGUUUCUCUCCGCGCGUUCAUCGUUACGGUUCAGCAGCAGCUCGUAUCGUGUCGCUGGUAUCGUCGUGCCGUGCCGUCUGUCGUUGCGCGAGCUGACACUCUGGAUAUCUCUGGGCGCUGCUGAUCUUCCUGAGCUGCAUCUUGGCUCAAGUGGAAUCGGUUCCUGGCUUGUUUGGGGCGAUCCCUGGCCAGUUCUGAACACACCUGGAUAGCUUGUCUGAGGGUGUAGCAGUGUAUGCGCUGUUUGUGGAUGGUGGCUCAGCUCAAGGUGGAAAGUUGCAGUUUCGCUGAGAUGUGCUGGUAGUGUGUAGUGUCUCGUCUGCGGACACAGUCUCCAGGGACCUCUUGGGGGGGCGCACAGUUCGGAUAACCAUAUCAAUCGCUCGGGGGCCCCAGUUUUGACUGUCUCUUAGCGGUCAAGCUCCUCCCGCACAGUCGCAGGCUGAAGAUGUUAUAUGUGUACAAAUAUUUAGACAUAAAAUAAGCACAAAUAUGCAAAAGUGAAGAGGUUUUUUUGCUGCUUCUCUCGUCUCCUUACACUCUGUGUACGAGGUAUAUCUACGGCCCGAUUCCACCACGCUCACACGCACAGAUCUGGUCUGGUACGUCACACACUGGCGUGUAGCGGACCCCGGAGAAGGUGAGCAGCACUCUCAGCGAUUCUCCGGCGCUCUCCACCGCCUAGUUCGAGUCACUAAGUUGACCUGCUGGAGAGCGAGAGUACACGUGAGAGAGUGAGAGAGCGAAAACGUGCUCCAAAGGUGGGUUGUGCUUCGGAUUGCUCGAAAAUCCCGGUGUUGACGCGACGGGUCGACGGGACACCUGUGUGCAGCAGCCAGCAUCCAGCAGGGUCCAGACCGGACCCAGGCCCCGGAGCAAUCGAGCGUUACGGAAAACGCCUGGUGCGCGCGUGUGUUCUUCGAGUCCAAACCUGCUCAAGCUGGGGGUGGUGCGAAACUUCUUGCUCAAGCAGCAGCAGCAGCAGCAGCCAAAAACAUCUGUCGUGCGUUUUUGCACGCGUGUGUGUGCGUUUUUCCCCCGUUGGCGAGUCGUCAUCGUGUACGUGUGUGUGUAGUUUUAUUGUUCCUUUUGUUUGCUCCGGCUGCAAACACUGGAAGUUGUUGUGUAAAAAUAAGUGAAUGUAAAUUAAUGUUCGUGAGCGAGUGUGUCACCGGGAAAGAGAAAAUAAAUUAAAAAAAUAUUAAUCGAUGUUACUCGCGGCUGUUUGGUGAUAAUAAAAAUAUCGAAAUAAUAGCCCGGGUAUUACCAACACGAAUGCACACAUAAAUAUUGGUUUUGAGUGGUACGGGUGCGGAGUUGCCGAUUGUUGUUUGGCUGUGAGGGAUUUGUGUAAAUUUAAAGGAGGAGGAAAAAUAUAAAUAUACGUGAAUAAAAAAUAAAAAUAUGUAUCAUAACGUGGUGCAUUCACGUUGAAAGUAUAACAAAGAAGAAAAAGUGUAAGUGUUAAAAAUUGUGAAGAGUCGUGACAGCUGCCGUUGGAUAAAACAAGCGUCCAACGUGUUUUACACGGUGUUUCCCGCCCAAAAUAUCAAUGAAAAUGAGCGAAUAAAUUGCGCCAAUGUGUGUUUGUUGAAGCAGUGUUGCCAGAUGUCACCAGUUGCGCGCCGUGACAUCUGAAGGGGUCGUUCGCGAAUCACGUGACGAAGCUUUCAAGAGGUGCUCAAAAGUGUUUGGUGUUUGGGCAAACCGGGCCGCAGAAAAGCAUCCAAGGUGGCCUCGUCGAAGGGAUCACGGGUCGGCGCCUCGUCGGAGGGUCGCUUGGCCACCGGCACGACGAGUGAAACGGGCGCCACCAGCCUGAGCAACUCCCGGCAGGGUUCCGUCGAUGGGUUGAUGCAGCGAUGCGGUCUCUGUUCGAUCAUCUCGAGCCUGCUGCGGCGGGCCAUGUGCGUCGGAUCGCGCCGUGGUAGCGGCGAGUCCUACUACCAGGAACUGGCCGAAACUAAUGUAUGUCGGCAGAAACCAAGUCUAACAGCCAGCAUCAUCCCAGACGUUGCCACGAUGGAAACCACGGACAGCUCCAGCUACAAACGACUGAUAUCUACGACAUCCACCGCGAUACCAACGACGGGCUCGCCAACGAUGGCCACCGUGACGGCGGCAGGGGCGACAGUGACAGCGGCCCCGUACGCCCCCCAGCGCCGCAUGUCCGACCAGGACCGGCCCCUGUUUGAGGCGCUCAUAGCGGACGACCACUCGGAGCACCCGCGGCGGCGGCACGCCUGCACCGGCCGCUUCCUGACCAUGCACAAACGGCGCAGAAAGAAGCUGAACACGCGCAGCCUCGCCCUGGACCAGGCCAUCCUGGACGACAUCCUGCACGGGCAGGUCCAGUGCAUCCUGGACCGGGUCGGCAACUGGCGCUUCAACGCUUUCACCCUCGAGACGGUCACCGGUGGUCGUUCACUGCCUGUCUUAUGUGUUCAUUUGUUCCAUUGGUACGGCCUUUUGGACCACUUUAACCUAGACGUAGUUAGAGUAUGGAAAUUGUUUAGUUUAAUCGAGGAGGGUUAUCAUAGCACCAAUCCGUAUCACAAUUCAAUUCACGCGACUGACGUAACACAAGCAAUGCACUGUUUCCUGCAAGAGCGGCGCAUCCUGGAGAAUCUGAGCCCGCUGGAGAUCAUGGCGUCGCUGAUUGGGGCCGUAACGCACGAUCUGGACCACCCGGGCGUGAACCAGCCGUUCCUGAUAGCGACCAGCAACCAUCUGGCGGCGCUGUACGAAAACACUUCGGUGCUGGAGAACCACCACUGGCGGUCGGCCGUCGGUUGUCUGCUGGAGAGUGGCGUGGCCGAGCAGAUCCAGGGCAUCCGGCCGGAGCUGGAAAAGCAAAUCAGCUCUCUAAUCCUGGCGACGGACAUCACCCGGCAGCAGGAGUUUAUCGCCAAGUUCCGCGACCUGUUGACCCGGGACUCGCUGGACAUGCGCAACCAACAGCACCGACACUUUAUCCUGCAGAUCUCGCUCAAGUGUGCGGACAUCUCGAACCCGUGCCGGCCGUGGGACAUUAGCAAAAAGUGGAGCAUGAAGGUGUGCGAGGAGUUCUUCCGCCAGGGUGACUACGAACGUCAGCUGAACCUGCCCGUUACGUCGCUCUGUGAUCGACACUCGACGUCGAUUCCAAAGAUCCAAACUGGGUUCUUCAAGUUUGUCGUGACACCGUUGAUGGACGAGUGGCACCGGUUCCUGAAGACGGACCUGUCGCACAGCAUGAUGCAUCACUUGAAGUUCAACCAGGUCCAAUGGGAGAGCAAACUUCAGGCGGAGAUCAACGAGGAAACUCGAACGGAGAUUUCCGACGCAGAGUUGCUCGAGGAUGAAGAUGUUGAUGAUGGUGUGGACGAUCAGGACGAGCCACUAAACGAGCUGUCGGAUAGCUCGGAGGUGCUCAUCCCGAACGUCGCCAAGUUUGGACGGCGUGGUUCGCUGCAGAUCAGCGCAGGUUUCUGCGGUGUUCGCAGCGAGCGACGCUUCUCCGUACCCGUACACAGUAUACCGAAGAUUGUGCUUCCAGCGCGAGAACCACGAGACCACCGAGAUCUAUCCGCCCCACCGGAAUCGAUUCAGGAGAGCGACGAGCACAAGUUCGACAACGAUUCGCUGUCGAUCUUCUCGUCCGACAGUGACAGUCUUCAUCGAGGUGCUCGUGGAUCGUCCACCGGUAGUACCGCCGAUCGGGAACGUCCGCUCAGUGCGGAGAACCUUCUUCCAGACUGCAGCAUCGCGUCCAUGACCGACGCCGUCUGCGGUGACCGACUGAAUUUAGUGCUCCACGGAGCCGUUAGCGUAGGAAAUACUGCGAAUCUUCUCACCGUUGGAACUUCCAAGCACCUGAUCCGUCAGCAAACCUUCCCACCGUUGCAACCGUACAUCCGCACCCGGUACAUGUCCUCGCAGGCCGAACUUGGUGCCUGUCCGGAGGCACUCCUCGAAUCCAGCAGCAGCAGCAACAGCUCUUCCACCAACCAACCGGAAGCGUUCAGCGAAUCUCGUGGCAUUCUGGUGUCCAUCAAGAAGGAAAGUGCCGCCAAACGCGAACAAGCGGACCCGUCCUCGGACAAGGCGGACAAAGCCAAAAUACCGAAGCUCUCUCUUGGCCUGCUUGGCAACGGCGGCGGCGGCACCGGAGGCGGCCAGAAGGAGAAUCUCGACCCGUCGAUACUGAAGCGAAGUCUCAGCCGGCGGCGAGGAUCAGCUCCGGUCACCGUUGCCCUUCCUCCGAAAACCACGGAACCCGAACUCAGCGUGUCCUUCGUCAUCAAGUCGUGCGACCUGCGGCGAGGUUCCAUGCCGGCCGAAUUCAUCACCAUGCACACAAAAGACCAACCAAACGGUGGAAACCAGCCGGAAGUCGGCGUGCCCAGCGCCCUUCCGAACAACAUCGGUCCGGCGUACAACAUCCAGCGGCGGGGUUCCGUCCCGUGUGACGGCUCCAACAGCAGCACCAGCGUCAUCAUCCGGAACAGCUUCGGCAUCAAGCGACGGAGCACGAAAAAGGCCAUGCGGCGGCGAUCCUCGGGUGGGGCGGAAAUUCUGAGUCCCAUUCUGUCGGAAGAUUCCACCGCCAUCAUCGGCGGUGCCGGUUGCAGUAGUGGUGGUGGUGCGUCCGCUUCGUCGUCUUCCGCGUGGCAACGGUUCAAACGGCGAGCGGAUACGGACAAUUUGCUUUCGCGGCGGCGUGGAUCGCUGCCGGUUGAGGUGCUAACCAUUGGAUAUUCCGGAACGUUACGUCACUAGAAAACCCAGCAGCAAGUGUGGGGGCACAGUUUUAAACCCGACCAUCAUUAGCCAGCAGCAGCAGUAAACUAUUUUGCAGCACAGAAGAGAUCAAACCGACCCCCGAUGGGGGAGGCAAAAACAUUAAACCAACCAACUUGGGCGCGGUCCAAUGUGAAACAGUUUAUCAUUUCUUUUAUUUAAAAUGAAAAAAGUUUGAUUUUUUUUCCUUGAAAUUGUAUUUUUUUCAAGAGAAAAUUCAAUCGACAAAGAAAUUUCAGAAGCAUCAUUCAAACCAAACAUUAGCGUAUUAUACAAGCAGAACGAAGAUAUGAAAAAACAACCCUUUUGAGAAAGAAAAUAGUAAACUCCGGGAUCAACCCGCCAUCGCAACAUUUACAUACACACAGCAGUAGAAAUAAAAUGAUGAUGCAAAAAAUGAAAAUAAAAAAAAAACAGUGCAGUGAAUAUGCGCGCACAGUGAAACGUGGUUUAUCGAUCAAGUGCAGCGAAAUUUGCGAUUUUGUACAACUUGGUUUUUUGCAUGAAGCGGGAAUUUUUCCACUCAUUUUUUUUUCUAUUUAUUUUAGUUUGCAACCACGUUGGAUGUGAGUUUUAAUUUGGAUGGAUUAUCCUACGCCAUAAUGGCGGCUGCUAUAAAAAAAAGGUAAAUGUCAAGGUGUAUGGAAUUUACAAGGUAACGCUGACAUCUUUUGGCUGUCAUGCAGAAAAUAACACGGGAUCUGCGGAAUCAUAAAAUGUACUUGUGUAAACAUUUUGAAAAAGAAAAUUGGAAUGAAAAAAAAUUGUUUAUUUUAUGGCGGAAAAAUGUUGAUCUCUAUUUUUUUAUUAAAAAUUGUAUGCAAUUUUUUGCAUAAUCUGCAUCUCGGGAAGACAUUUUUUAUCGAUUUUAUGUCUAGGACAAAUUUGAAGCAACCCAAAAAUAAAAACUCUUAAUCAUUUAAAGUUGAAUUCCCACAAUCUGGAUUUUUAUAAACUUGGAUAUGUUUAAAGUACAAAAAGGCAACUUUGAGCUACAGAAAUGACAUGAUUUUUUAACGUAAAGGCAAAUUUUCAUACGAAAAAUACCUUUGAAAUAGUGUAGCACUUGAUAAUUGAAGCCACUUGAAGUUCGAUUUUGAGAAAACAUAAUCACUUUUUACAUUUUUUUAAAUAGUGCCCAUAAAUAAGCGUUUCUAAAAAUAUUUAUUUGAAAAAAAUACUCCUAUAAAUUAAGCAAAAUCCCUUCGCUCCUGAGUGUUUUAAACUUUUAUUUUUCACUUAUUUUUAUCAAAAUUGUUCUCAUAGGUGCCAGAUUAAGACCAAAAUUGUGGGAUUACAACCACUUUAUCUGGGUGAUGAAUUGAGAGGAUGCGUAACGUGAUUUUCGAAUGAUCCCACUUUGUUUACAUUUACAAUAGAGAUAUCCACGCGCGAGAGUGUGUUAGUUUGUAACAAAAUUUACACGCAGACAUAGGCAAAUCGAGUAGAAUAAUUCAUCUGUCAAAAUCAGCUGUGUCCUUUGGUAUACCACGAGCACGUGGUAAACAGCUGGUUUUUACAGACGAUUGAUCUACUCGAUUUGCCUAUGUCUACGUAAAAAAAGUGUAAACAAAAUCAGCUGCUUGGAAUUCAGCCAAUCACAAUCGUUCAAAACCAAAACAAUACUUCAAAUACAAAUACUAACACAGAAUGAUGGUGUGCGUGAGAGAAACCGUGGCUGUUCAAGAACAAGCAUGACUUUUUUCUUACUGGAAAAUGAGCUAUUUUAUAAUCAGUAGUAUGUGUUUAUUUUUUCUAGUAUUUGACAUAUUUUGUUGGAAAAUUGUGUGUUCUAUCAAACUAUCGAUCGGUUAGAAGAGGUUUUUCUUUUUUGCGGGUGACGAAGAACUGCGGCGAGAGUGUCAUUCUGAGAUGUUGCAGAUAAAUUUCCUGGUUGAUUUUAGAAUCCUGCAGCUCUUCCUGGUCCAGCGAAAAAACAUCGCUCAUUCUAGCGAAACUGAUCCAACAAACAGAGAAGAUUUUCAGUAAACCAGGUUUUCAAACGGAAUCAAACAAUAAAGACAACUUCUGGAUGAAUAAAACCGCAUCGACUCCAUAAACAACUUCCAUUCAUAAUUAUAAAAAAUGACGAUCUCGCCUGUAACUUUCUUAAGAUUUCUUGACUUAAACUCUAGGUCCUCAAAAGCCACACAUUUUUCAUUCUUGCAAAACAAAAACAAACAAUUUUUAAUGAUCGAUAGCAAUACUCUCUACUUUUGGUGAACAGUAAAUUGGUUCCACUUUGACAGUUCAAUAUUGAGGCUGUUUUGCGAACCACUAUUUUAGAAUUGAAAUGGUGUUUUUUUUUUUCAAAUUCCGCCGAUAUCUUAUGAAAUGAUCCGACUUUUCAGAUUGAAAAAAAAUUUCAGAUCGCUUUUUAGGUCAAAACCUGGGAGGUGAAUAGAGGCGCUCAAAAACAGAACCAUUUUGAACUGUCACAGUGGAACGAUUUUACUGUUCGCCAGAAGCAGCAAGUAUUGUAAUCGAUCAUUUGGGCAAAUAUUGUAAAAAGCAAUUGUGAUUUGUUGAUUUUCUUUUCCUGGUAAUAUUUAAAUUAUAUUUUUUUAACUUACGAACAUUUUGUGAUUAUUCUCAGAAUUACUAGAAAAAUCGUCAUCGAGCCAUUCUUCCUCCAAUCCUACUAGCUUAUUCCAUUUUCAGCGCCCAUCCGAAGGUCGUCUUCAUAAGUUGAUUACAUCCGAAUGGUGGGCCCGUUUCCCCUGUUUCUACUAGUUCUUGCAUACAUUUGUUCCAAACCGACUUCGCAAAACUUCACCCACUUCUGACGCAGUUCUUUGUCUCCAGGAAUCUUGAAAGCAGAUUUCAAAACAAAUUAUUCAAGUGCAAGGGAAAAGUCACGCUUGCGCUUGAACCAUUUUCUACUCUUUAGAUGUAAACAAAGAGGGAUAAUUCGAAAAUCACGUCACGCAUUCUCUCUUUUUAUUCCCCUGGUCAAAAGUAAUAUUUCAAAAGCGAGCUACCGUAAACUGGGGUGACUUUGAUAGCCCGGAAUGACAUUGAUAGAAAUUUAAUUUGGCCAUUAAUUUUGAUACAUUAAAUGUAACAGUCACAUUUUUGCAUAUAUGUUCGAUAAUAAGCUAUCCCUUAAUGCUUACAUACUCAAAAUUCUCAAAAAUGUUUGGAUAUUGAUUUGACAGGCAUUUGUCAAACCUAUCAAAGUCACCCCGGGCUAUCAAAGUCACCCCAGUUUACGGUAUAUUAAAUUUCUACUCCUUUAAUUCUGUGGCUCAAAAUGACUUUUUUUACCCUUGACAAAUCGUUAAAUUUUGAAAAACUAAAAAUUCGUUUUUUUUUCGAUGAAAAAAAUUAUUUGAUAAAUUGGAUGAAAUCCGAAAACAUUCAAUUUUUGAACAAAGUAGGGUAGAGUAGUCAUCAAUGAGACACGGGGAACAAUGAUAAAAUGGCUCUCACAAGUCGUAGUUUCAACCAAUCAGGCUCAUAUUUGGGGGAAAGGUGUGUCUACGGGAUACACGUCUGCCAUAUUAGUGGCUUUGGUUAUGGACGCUCCCUUGAAAAGUUAUUCAUAAAUGUUUGAUUCUGGGGUGUAAAAGUAAAUUAUGGACAAAAAAUUCUUUUUCGCUCGCAGGCUGCCAUUUACACCUUAACUAAUAUUUCUUCAAAUUUCUUUCGACGUUCCAUAGGGAUUGAGUUGGGCUACAAUGUCUUUUCAUUAGAUUUGACCAAAAUUUAGAAUAUACCCAGAAUCCAGGGCUGUCUCAUUGUUCCCCACUCAUGUUAGCCCAGGGGUAACAAUGAGACACUUUGAUUUUUCUUCAUUAAACAUUUCAAAAUCCAUGUAAAUCUUUCAAAACAUGAAUUGAAAGUGAUUUUUGGCAUAUUUAUAGAGUUUUAACUUCAUUUAACCAAACAUACAAAGUUAUUUGGUAUAAAUAUAUGGAUUUUACAAAAUUUAAAUACUUUUUAGUAUAACUUUUGUUAAUUAAAGUUUCAUGUUGGCAAAAUUGCUCUAAAAUGUUCAAGGCAAGUCACCUGUAAUGGAACAAUACAAAAACAUGAUGUUUUACUAGAAAAGUAUUGAUUUUCGUAGAGUGUCUCAUUGUUCCCCAGCUGUCUCAUUGUUCCUGCCAAGUGCGUCUACAAUGAGACAGUUGAAUAACUCUGGCUGUAGAUGUCGGAUCGAUCUCAUAUUUUGGUCAAUGUUAGAACACACUAAAAGAAAUAAAAUGCAACAAAAAGCUCAUUAAAACAUGCUGAUGAAAAAAUUAGAAAAAUCGUUGAAAGUUGAAAACCAAAAGUGUCUCAUUGAUGACUACCCUACCCUACAUAUAAAGCCUGCCUUGCGUGUCAUCAUGAUUUUGACAGCUCUAAAAGAUACGCUAUAUCUUAUAAGGCUUGCGAGACAAAAAUUUAAAAACACAUUCAAAGUGUGUUUACAUUGUUUGCUUGCAUCAUAUCAGCUUUCUCUUCCUAGCAAAGGUUUUUUUUGUUUUGCGACUUCUAGAUGUUUUUUUUUUUAAACUGAUAUGACAGCCAACAUAUUUCGCAGGGACUGUGACAGCUCGAGCUCGAUCAUUUUUUUGCAUCUGUGACAUCGUUUGCAACCAAAAACAUGAAAAGUUUUUGAGAAAAAAUAAAUAGGCAAAUUUCACAGGAUUUUUUGCUGUAUGUUUGUUUUAAAUGCCAAAAAAAUCGAAAAGCGAUUUAAGAACAGUUUCAAAAAACGCAACUAAGAACAAUUUUUGAAUCAGUUUAGCAUUACUAAACAACGCUACAUAAAAAACCGGUGCAAUUCGCCAAAAAAAAAUAGAAAAAAAAUCGCCUUACCUUAAAUAAUCCAUAUGCCUUGGGCGGGUUAUGCGUUUGACGUACGUACACGCUGAAAGGAAAACAACUUAAUUAGAGUGAAAUUGAGUCAAUAAUCUUUCUUUAUUGUUGCUCUGCACGAACAUUCAAAGUUGCUCAGUUUUCCUUCAACCUACUCAGAAAUGAGUAAAAAACGGAAACUGAGAUGUGAGCGAAUUUCACUCGGAAUUCAACGAAAAAUUGUAAAAUUACUCAAAUCUGACAGAUUCUCACAUUUCCGAGAAAAACGAAGAAGUACGGUUUAUGACAGCUGUCACGUGGUUGCACUGAUAAAAAUCUACGCAUUAAAUUUAUUUAAUUCUCACGCAAUUUCAAAUUUCCAUCAAGCAAAACUGUUUGCGGCACAAACGCGCACUGCUCUUUUGAGAAAUAAACAUUCACACAAAUCCACACAAACACACAGCGCUCAUAUACAAAACACUUUCACAAGCUUAGUAAGCUACCUAUUUAGAGGAGAAGAGAAUCUGGCUGGUUCCAGUCUUUAGACCUUAUUUCGGAGCGCCGAGCACGAGUCGAAUGUCAAGUUGAAAAAAAAAUGGAUAAAGUAGAACACACUUACACAACAAAACAGACAGCUAUAAUUGUUUGCGGUAAUUUUCUUGUUAUUUAUUUUAGUGGUAUAAGUUUGUUUAUUUGUUUUUAUUUACUUCACACACCAACACAUACACUGAUAUAAAAGCACCACAGAGGGAAAAAAACACAAGCUAGCGUUAGGAAACCAAUCUCACAGGUAUUUGUAAACCCAAUAGUUGUAAAACUCACACCUACAUGCAAACAAACUUAGCUCCGUAAUCCGUACUAACACACUAACACAUACAACCGGUAGAGUAAUUUGCCCCGACGAGGGGACGAUACAGAGCAAAAGACGAUUAAAAUGAGCGGAGCAAGCAGACCACUUUAUUAUGGUGCACUAAAUUUACACCCAUACAUAUAAACGAUACCUUUUGGAAGGCUCUUUACGAAAACCUCCAUUCUUGGAGGUAUUUUUUGCACAAAACUCUAUUGCCCCCUCCCUUUCCCUCACGUACAUAUACAAACUAACCAACACAUACAAGAUGCACUUUAUUGAGUACCACCCUAUUCACACACACACACACCCCCCUCCAAAACUAAUUCUAAGAAACUCUAACAAGCAAUGUUUGAUUUUUAGUUACUUUUUGGGUACGAAACUAGCGAACAAAAAAACUACGUUUCACUACUAACCAAUAACAACUAGAAUUACUACCGCAGGAUACAAAUAGUAAAUUAACACUAAUACAAUGGUAAAAGAAGUAAAAAAGAGUGCUCCAGUACAUAUACUACAACUGCAAACAUAUAACAAACAAAGAAUAAACCUAGAUGAAAAGAAAACAAUGACAGUGUAAAAAUAGCAAAGCCCAACACACUCCCCCACACAUCUGUAGCGCGUAGGAAACUCGAAUCGUACUUGCUCAAAAACAAUGUCUCUGUCUCUCUCUCUUUCCAUUUCCGUGAACAAUUUCCACCCCCACAAAAAGAAAUAAAAACAAAAACUUCAAAACAUUACACUCAUACCAACGCAGAUCAAACAAAAAUUGUUGUCAAGUUAGAAUUGUGCUAAAGAAAAACAAAACAAAACAAAGGUAUAAGUAUAAAACUGUGGAAAAUCGAUAUUUAGAGGUAAAAAGCAAACAACUGCGUUAAGUAUAAUGAAAAACCGAACUGAAAUCAAAAUAAGUAAACAAAACAAAGUAAAUUUACAAGUAAUGGAAAGAAAAAAACGUAGUAGAUGAACAAAAAGGAAAGAAAAAAGUGUAUUUGAAAGCAAACACAAGACAAACAUGGGGCAGACGCGACAAACAAAAAAAACAAAAAGCGAGGUUCAUUUCAUACAUAUUUUUUGAGGUCUUAUUCCAAAAUUUAAAGAAGAAAAAUAUUAGAGCGAGCAAUUGGGGAGGAUCAUUUUUGGUUUCCUUUCGAAUGUUUGACCAUAACUUUUUAGAUUUAGUGCAAAUUGAAGGGGAAAUGCGAAAGUAAAGCGAUUUUUAUUGUUAUAGGCAAAAUAUUGGAUGAAUUAGGUUUUAUUUAGAUUAGACGAAUUUUCAAAAAAAAAACAAAGCAAACAAACAGAACCUAGCUAAGAACCUAUCUGGUAAGUAAGCUGAAAACAAAACUGUGUAACUCGGUGUAACUGAAUUUCUGAAGCAAGUACUAAUGUUACAGUUGUCUGGUAAAAUUUAAACAGAGAGAAAAACUCAAAUACAGCAAAUAAAAAUAGUUGUGGGUGUAGUAUAGUUUUAUGGAAAAAAAGAAACAAGUUUCAAUCGUUAAACUGUGAAAAAUAAAACAAAACAGAAAUAAUAAACGGAAAUAGAUAUGAUUCUAACGUAAAACACUGAAAACUACAUAAAUGAUGAAAUGUAAAAUAAAAACAGAAGCAAAAGACUUUCGAUACUAUUCUUGUAAUACGUAUAUUGGGAAAUCGUAAUGGGACAAAACAAGCAACAAUUUUUCUUCUAAUUCUGUAAACAAAAACAAACAAUGUUCAACCAGAAAAAAAAACUAACAAAAAACUCUUAUACAACCAACUCUAACAUGAAUAAUGUCGACUUUUCUUGCUUUAAUUUUUCUAAAAUGGAAAACAAACUUUACACAAAACGUUUUUACCAACAAGAAAAAAAAAACAAACAAUUCUAAUAAUGUGAGAUAAAACCAACCACAUAAACAUAAUUUAUUGAAAAAAAAAACAAAAACAAGUGAAACCUAACAAAAAAGAAACCCACUUCCCCUUGUGCGUUGGUUGCUUUUUGCCAGCCGGUCUGGCAGGUCUAUUGCGCGAUGAUGCUGUUGUUUGAUUGAGUCACACAAUUACCACCAAACACUAAUAUCGAAUUCAAUGGAGGGGCGGCGGGGAAAGGGAGAAGGUAAACGGAAAAAGAGAACUACAGCAGCGGCGGAAAGCAAAUAUCAAAUUUAAGCAAAAAUGACGAAAAACCAACUAAAUAAUAAAAUUAAAUGGCAGAACAAGCAAAAAAGUAAAAACCCAAGAAAAAAAACAACACAUGAAUGUUAUAGAUGGUAAGCAGUGAUUAAA